UUUAUAUUUAUUUUGUACUACUUACUACUAACCUGUACAAUGUGGUAUUGUUUAUUGUUAAAAUUAUUGUAUUGUAUUGUUGUAAUUAUUGUAUUUUCUUGACAUAGAACAGCCAUAAGUUUCUUGCAGUUUCUUUUUAUAGGCCGUAAUCGAAACUGCAACAUUCUAAUAAAAGUAGAACUAUAAAUUUGUUUUUUUAUUUCUAAUAUGUUAUAGUAAUUAAGCUAACAAAUUGUCCCAAAACGUUUAUUUCCCCAUGAAAAUGUGAUUCAAUUUAUGAACUGAUAUUUUAAUAAAAGAUUUGAGAGUAGAAUUUGUGAGAAUAAUGAGCUCUCUCCAAGUAAAGCUAUGAUCUAUGAUGGUUCUCACUUAUGCAUCAAAUUAGAUAGUGAUCAUGCAAUCUGCAAAUGAAACAAUUUUUAAUUUAUACCAAUAAUCAAUGCAACUUUGACUAAAAUCACUUGAUGUAGGCAAUAUAGGUAUAUUACCAAAUAUCAGCCAUAUACAUUAACCACCUUUCUUGUUUAAAAUGAGCAAAUAAUGACAAAUUACAUUUCGUAACUUUAAUGGUAGUAUUUGUAUGUUUCAAAAAUAUAUGAAUGCAGAUCAGUUUUUAAAUAUAGCCAUAUUUCUAAAAAUAGUCAAAAACUAUAAAAAACAAAAUGAACAACCAAAACAGUCAACUACUGUUAGCAAUUUCGCAUAAUAAAAUUAUUGUCUGUGAUUAUUGUUCGAUUCUCGAUUAUUCAUAAUGUUCAAAAUUCCCGCAAAGCGCUUCUUGCCGAACAAAACCGAACUCUCCGUGUAGGAUCGGAAUGCUUCCGAGGUUUUCGUGAGUUUUACACUGGUAUUCAUAAACGAUCGCUGGCGCGCCGCCAGCGGUUCGCCAAUCUCCCACGCAUAUUUGUCAUGCAGAGUCGUUCGCCAACAAUGACACACAUGCGCAUUCACUGAAAUUUUGGCGCGGCGUUAGCGAUUCGUUGGAGAUGGUCAGUACUAUCUCCGAGCGACCGCCAGAUUAGUAAAUAAUUUAAAUUUUGUUUUAUUUUUCAUAAUAAUUCGAUUUAACAAUGGAACGUGAUUUAGAUCUAUUAUAUAAUGCCCACAGGGAUAUUUUGGACAUAGAUUUUCAUAUACAUCGGAGGUAUAUUCGAGAUAUGGAAAACCCUUUUGAAUUUUACAGUGAAAUCCAAUUUAAAAAACGAUUUAGAUUUAGGAAAGAGGUGGUGCGUGAUAUUCUAUUACCAAUGGUACAUGUCCGUGAACCCAUGACUAACAGAGGAUUGCCGGUACCCACAUUGAUAGGAUUACUUUUAACGUUGCGUUUUUACGCUAGCGGAAGUUUUCAGAUUGUCUGUGGAGACUUGAAAGGACUCAGCCAAAGUACUGUAAGCCGAGUUGUGACAAGAAUCACCAGAAGACUUGCAGCACACUCUAGAACAUAUAUCACAUUUCCACUUAAUGAGGAUAUUCCGGAAAUGCAACGGCAAUUUAGUACAAUUGCUAACUUUCCAAAUGUCACAGGGUGUGUCGAUUGCACACAUAUCACUAUCAAGAGUCCAGGAGGAGAUGUUGCCGAACUGUUCCGAAAUAGAAAACGAUACUUUUCUAUUAACGUACAAGCAACUUCAGGUCCUAAUUUACAAAUAUUAGAUAUUGUUUCACGAUAUCCAGGAAGUUACCAUGACAGUUACAUUUUUCAAAGGAGUUCCUUAAAGGGAAAGUUUCAACGAAGAGAACUUCCUGGAUAUUUGCUUGGUGAUGCGGGAUAUCCAUGUUUACCUUACUUGCUGACUCCAUUUAGACAAGUACGUACUCCAGGAGAAAGGCGAUACAACCAAGCACAUAUUCAGACAAGAAAUACCGUAGAACGAUUAUUUGGUGUUUUAAAGCGCCGAUUUCCUUGUUUGAGUCGGGGACUUGCUACCAAGAUCUCCACUUCCUGUUAUAUUAUCGUAGCUUGUGCUAUUCUUCAUAAUAUUUCCAUUACUUACCGUGACAUCAUAGACGAACCUCUACAGAUCGACGAUGAUGUUCCAGAAAUUAUUUUUCGUGAAGGAAAUUUAGGUUUAGGUAAUGUGAUGAGAAACCAUAUAGUUCAUAAUUAUUUUGAUUAAAAAUCUAUAUCUA